AUGAUUUAAAACGUGAUUCUUACGUCCUCUCUUCCACGAUGGCUGUUCGGAACGCACUAAGGAAGCGCUUCUUCUUCGACGGCUACAGAGCAGCUUCACCGCCGGCGACUCUAGAGAACUCUCCGGCCCCCUUUCCCUCGCUCCACGCCCUCACCUCCCGAGUUCCCGACAAAGCCGGCUUCCGCCGCAGGUUCCUGACCUCGCCGGAAUCCGCCGACGGAGGGCUUCUGCGGCGGGCGCUGAACCAGUCUGCCAGAGCGCUGCCGGAGCUUCUGUCCCUCCCCACCGGCGACAAGCUGAGGGAGGAGCUCCGAAGCGCCACUGCCGUCGCCGUAGACUGCCGCCGACCCGACGGACUCUCGCCGCCGGCAGGAGGCGAGGCGUACGGUCUGACCGUGCGCGAUGCGAGGAAGAUCCUGAGGUUUUAUCAGGUGGAGAAGGUGAAGGCGAAGCUGAGGGCGAUCUCCGAGAGCUCCAUUUCGUACGGCGAGUUCGUGAGGAUCUGCGUGGAGGAGUGCGGGGAGGAAGGUCGAGGCAUGGAGGUGGCGAAGACGAUGGACGAGUCCGGGAACGUCAUCGUCUUCGGGGGCGUGGUUCUUCUCAGCCCCGAACAGGUGGCCAAGUCGAUGCUGAGCCUGAUCUCCCGAUCCAUACCCGUCCCGAACGACCCGAGGCGAGCGGAGCUGCAGCAGAUGGAGGACCGAAAGGCCUCGAUCGACGCGAAGGCCCGGGCGGGGGUCCGGGCCGAGCUCUACUGCGGGCUGGGCUUGCUGACUGUCCAGACCCUCGGCUUCAUGAGGCUCACGUUCUGGGAGCUGAGCUGGGACGUGAUGGAGCCCAUUUGCUUCUUCGUCGCAUCCCUCCACUUCGUGGCCGCGUACGCCUUCUUCCUCAGGACGUCCCGCGAGCCAUCCUUUGAAGGUUUCUUCCGGCGGCGGUUCGAGACGAAGCGGCGAAAGCUCUUCGAGGCCCACAACUUUGACGUCCGAAGGUACGAUGAGCUUCGAGCGUUGUUCGGGCGCAAGACUUUGGGAAAUAUCAGCCCAACGGGUCGACGAAUUUGAUGGUUCUGAGGCCCAAGAGUCGAGAAUUGCAGAUGGUUCAUUGACGGCCUCUAAUUAGGUUACUUUGCUCAUGUUGUAAGUAGUAGACUGUUAUCUUAGCACAUGACAAUACAGACACAUCAAAUAUCCUCGCGUGAUUCUAUUAAUUUCGCGACGAGAUUAG